AUGCGCGUUUCCGUCCUCCUCGCUGUCCCCAUCCUCGCCGCUGUCGAGGUCCUGAGUAUCUGCCCCGGAUUCAACUAUGGCAUUGGCAAUGUCAUCCGCCAGGGCACGAUUGGCGAUGCCGAAUUGAACCGAUGGAACGUCUACGACUCCAACUGCAACGUCGUCGACGGCCUCACGACCACGGGCAACCCGUGCACCCAGGGAAUCUUUGGUUGCUCGCCUGCUCCGAUCAUCUUCAACCGCUACACGAACACCUUCAGCGGGCUCAUCUACGCCUGCCGCAGGGAUAGCAGAUCUGGCAAUUGUGGCAGCGACGUCAUCUCCGUCUGCGUAGGUCCUUUCUUUUUCAGCCGUCGGUAA